GUGUCGUUAGUUUCUGGUUUUUGAGUCGAUGUGCAGGAGGAGGCGGGUCCCGGGUCAGCAGUCUGACAGGAAACCACCCAAAUAAGGCCUUAGGAAGUGAUGACGCCGCUGGAAGAUCUCCAUGUGACGUAGAGCCUGAAAAAAACGGAUCGGAGCUGUGACGUGUCUGCGGGGUUUCCGGCCAUGGCGGCUGGCUGUACUCCCUGUCUGCCGUUUACCGGCUGCGGUCCCGGCUCUCGGUCCACACCCACCGUCCGGGCUGAGGUCUGGACUGUACCGGAUCGUUCACGCUCCAGAAACCGCAGCACAAAGAGCGCAGGGAGCAGCGGCGCUUCCGCGUGCAGCCCGGUCCGCGCGCUCCCCGUUCUGACCAAAUAUGGGCUUCCUCCGUGCCAUAUUUGGGAAUGUACGUCACGCAGGAGUCUAUAUAAAGCCGGGAUGUUCAUUGAAGGAACCUGACAGAGCUCCGGUUCAAGUUCAUCAGCAUCAACACGUGAAAACACCAACCGGAAAUAAACAUGAGCUCUUCACUGUCCCUGAUGAUUCAGCAGCUUCUCUCCCGCCACUAAUAACCAUUUAAAACUUCUCCACCCGGGACCCCGGAGCUGUCGAUCCUCCAGCAUUGGCUUCCUCCGAGCAUCACAGCCCCCAGCAGCAGCAGCAACGUCAGCCCGGCCAGAGCGCCUCUCUGCGGGACUCAGUAGCGGAGAGCGGCUCGGUCUCCCCGCGGGAACAGCGCGGUGCUCAGGAGCUCCAAGAGCGGCUGCGCUCCACACCUGCCUCCGCCUCUCCUUCCUCCGGAGAGAUGGCAGCGACCAAAGCGGAGCUGCUCCUGUCCACCCUGCAGAUCUCUGACCCGCUGGCCGGCUUCCCGCCGCCGCUGUCCCCGCUGGACGGGUACCCGAAGCUGGAGGAGCUGCAGAUGCUGCUGCAGAGCGCCGCGGCCGGAGGCUCACUGAUGGCCGCGUCGGCGGCGGAGGGAGCCGGACUGCUGAGCGGAGAGUCCGGGGAGUACGGAGACUCUUUGUUGGAGAUCCCGGACCUGCAGAGUCUCCCCCGCCUCACCCCUCUGGCGUACAGUGGCCGCUUCACCUUUGAGCCGUCGGCCUGUGGCGGUGGCGGCGGCGGCAGCGGCCUGUGGGCUGAGCCUCUGCUCAGCCUGUUCACGGGGUUGGUGAGCAUGGCGGCUCCUCCCCCUGCGCCCUGCAGCCUCUCCUGCUCUUCAUCAUCAGUGACAUCAUCAUCAUCGUCGCUGUCGCAUCCGAGCUUCAGCUCCGCCCAGAUCAGCUGUGGCUCUGACGUCACCUCAGUCUUCUCUGCCACGCCCACAUACACGACCGCCACCGCUUCCAACCUCCUCCUCCCCCCUGCGGACUCCCAGCCGGGGCCCCAGGCCUUCCAGCCUCAGGGCCCCCCUCCCGCCUACCCCACCCCCACCUCCAGGCUCGGCCUCCAGCCGCCCCCCCUGGCGGUGCCCAUGAUCCCGGACUACCUCCUGUCUCAGCAGCAGGACGCCGAGCUGCUUCAGGACCAGAAGCCUGUUCUGCCGCAGAGUCUGAACACGCCGCCGCAGCCUCCGCUCACGCCACUCUCCACCAUCAAAGCCUUCUCCUCGCAGAUCCAGACCCCGCCUCAGGGCUCCGCCUACCAGCCCCCGCUCACCAAGUCAGGCCGGAUCAGGAAGUCCCCCACGGGCCGACAGUGCAAGACGCCACCUAACGAGCGUCCGUAUGUCUGUCCCGCCGACAGCUGUGACCGCCGCUUCUCCCGCUCCGACGAGCUGACGCGCCAUGUGCGUGUGCACACGGGCCAGAAGCCGUUCCAGUGUCGCAUCUGCAUGCGCAGCUUCAGCCGCAGCGACCACCUGACCACGCACAUCCGCACGCACACCGGAGAGAAGCCGUUCGCCUGCGCCGAGUGCGGACGCAAGUUUGCUCGCAGCGACGAGCGCAAGAGGCACGCCAAGAUCCACCAGAGGCAGCGCGACCGCAGGACUGACAGGAGCUCCGCCUCCUCUUCUGCCAAGACCCCCACCUACUCCUCCCCUCCCAUCUCCUCCCCCUGCUCCUCCUACUCCUCUCCCGCUCAUAGCUCCUCCUCCCCUGCUGCCUCGCUCCUCCCCUCCUCCUCCUCCUCCUCCUUCCCCUCCCUCAGCGUGCAGGCCGCCUCCCCCUGCUUCACCUCCUCCCCCUCCUCGCUGUCACACAUCUACACCUCGUCACCGUCCCCUCACCUCUACUCCUCCUCCCGCUCCUCUCCGAUGGGGAGUCCUCACUCGGAGCUCCCCUCCCCCCACAGCUCCAACAUCUGCUGACAGACAGGAGGUCCACCUGUGCCAUGGUGACCUUUGACCUCAGACUGACUCUCCGCCUCAACAUUUUCACAAAACACAGCAGACUGUUGGAGUGUGACGAGGUCAAAGGUCAGAGGACAACGUGUCGUCUCCGUCCAUCAGACGAUUCUCUCUCUGUAGACGUCUGUACAUAUGUUUACAUGUAACAUACAUGAAGAUGUACGUAGUAUUUACCUACUGAGUAGGUUCUGGGACGUUUGUAUGUUUACAUCCAGGUCAGUUUGAUUUUAUACUGAAUGUGUUUUGAAGCUGCAAGAAUAAAAUGUCAGAAUCA